GCUCGGCGAGACGCGGACGUGUCAGGAAGUCUCAGUAACCAACAUGGCGGCUCAGCAGGGUGAUGUUGACGAGCUAUUCGAUGUGAAAAAUGCAUAUUAUAUCGGCAGCUAUCAACAAUGUAUCAACGAGGCUCAGAAAGUAAAGCCGUCGUCGCCCGACAAGGAGACUGAAAGGGACAUGUUUUUGUACAGAGCGUACAUCGCUCAGAGGAAGUAUGGCGUUGUUCUGGACGACAUCAAGGCCAACUCUCCACCCGAGCUCCAAGCUGUAAGGAUGUUUGCAGAGUUUCUGUCCAAUGAAAGCAAAAGGGACGCCAUUGUUGCCGAUUUGGACAAGAAGAUGGCGAAGAGCGUGGAUGCCGCCAACACCACAUUCCUCAUCAUGGCCGCGUCCAUCUACUACCACGAGAUGAACACGGAUGCUGCUCUCAGAACUCUGCACCAAGGCGAAAGUCUGGAGUGCAUGGCCAUGACCAUUCAGGUGCUCCUCAGUCUGGAUCGUGUUGACCUGGCGAGGAAAGAACUAAAGAAGAUGCAGGAGCAGGAUGAGGAUGCCACACUAACCCAGCUCGCCACAGCCUGGGUUAACAUCGCUGUGGGUGGAGAGAAGCUGCAGGAUGCUUACUACAUUUUCCAGGAGAUGUCUGACAAGUACUCGUCUACGCUGCUGCUGCUGAACGGUCAGGUGGCCUGCUACAUGGCUCAGAACAAGUGGGAGGAGGCUGAAGGAGUGCUGCAGGAGGCUCUCGAUAAGGACAGCAGCCACCCUGAGACGCUGAUCAACCUCAUAGUGCUGACGCAGCACCUGGGCAAACCUCCCGAGGUCACCAACCGGUAUCUGUCCCAGCUGAAAGAUGCCCACAGAGCCCAUCCAUUCCUGAAAGACUAUUUUGCCAAGGAGAAUGAGUUUGACAGAUUGACCAUGCAGUAUGCCCCCACCGCUACAGCAUAGAGACACUCUCACUGCGGACUGUGGGAAAUACCAUGAAGAUAAUCCUGUUUCUCUGUAAUGUUCUUUUUCUUCAAAACAUUGGCUGUAUUUAAACCACACUAGAAAUUCUUAUGUAUCUGCAUUGAUCCUCAUGCUCUACAUUUACAUGUCUGUGCUAUACAAGCAUUCCUUUGAACUGUUAAUAAAUGAGCAAAAAGGUUGUGAGUGUUUUUUCAAUAGAAAUCUCCUUGAAUAAAUCACCUUAUUAAAUA